GUUGACAUAGUGUCGUAGAAGGUGGUCUUCGUGGAACUGUGAUCGCUUUGCUGUUCGCAGUACAGAUUCGAGUAACUGUCCAUAUAGUGUUAGUGUUCUCAGAAUAUUUUCUUCAUUUAUUUUUCAGAUUAAUUAAAAAUGGCCGUGAUAACGCCAUACUGGGGCCUGGACGGUAUUAUACUCUUCUUGUCCCUAAUCGCGGCUAUCUACUUGUACAUAACUCGAAACUUCAAGUACUGGGCGAAGAGAGGCAUCAUGGAACUUCCUCCGACUCCCUUCCUAGGAAAUUUCAAGGAAUGCUUGAUGUUGAAGAAGUCAGCAUUUGAUUUCGUGACGGAUCUGUACAAUCAGUCCAAAGGAUUACCAUACAUGGGUUUUUACAUUUUCGACAAACCAUUCCUUCUGAUACGGGAUCCCGAGCUUGUGAAGCUCGUCUUGGUGAAAGAUUUUAACGUGUUCAGCGACAGAUACGCUUCGACGGACGUGACCGAUCGUCUUGGAUACGCGAACGUCUUCCAGAUUAAGAAUCCUACCUGGAAGAUCCUACGAUCGAAGCUGACGCCGAUCUUCACAAAUAAUAAUCUGAAGAGGAUGUUCGAGCUGAUGCUUAUGAUCGCCAAUGAUCUCGACGAACACCUCGAGUCUUUGAAUUUGACCACGGCGAAACAGGUGGAAAUGAAGGAACUCUCUGCAUGUUUCACCACGGAUAUGAUCGCUAGCACUGCUUACGGACUUAGAGCGAACUCGCUGAAGGAUCCAAACGCGCCAUUCAGGAAAGCUGGCAGGCUGUUAUUCGUCAAUGAAUUCCGUCGUAACAUGGAGUUUCUUAUAAUAUUCUUUUUACCGUAUCUAACCAAAUACACCAACACGAAAUUCUUCGGGAAGGACACCAGCAAAUUUUUGCGAACCGUUUUCUGGGACGUGAUCAAUAAAAGAAUAGCGUCGGGGGAGAAAAGGGGCGAUCUUAUCGAUCUUUUGAUCCAGCUGAAGCAGAAGCAUGAGAACGACGGUGAUCUGGGUGGAUUCAGGUUCAGCGGUGACGAUUUGGUGGCACAAGCAGCUAUAUUUUUUAGCGCUGGUUUCGAAACAUCUUCCAGCACCAUGUCUUUCACGCUCUACGAGCUCGCAUUGAACAUGGACAUUCAAAAGAAGCUUAGGAAAGAGAUUCUGGACGCGCUGAAGGAAUCUGAAGGCACGAUUACGUAUGAUACGCUCAUGUCGCUACCGUACCUGCAUCUGGUCGUCAGCGAGACUUUACGCAAGUACCCACCACUAGGAUUCCUGGAUCGGGUCACCGGUACCGACUACAAGGUGCCUAAUUCUGAUCUGGUGCUGGAGAAAGGAACUCCAGUGUACAUUCCUGUGAUGGGGUUGCACUACGAUCCCGAAUACUACCCUGAUCCAGAGAGGUAUGACCCGGAAAGAUUCACCGAGGAGAACAAACAGAAGAGACCGAAUUGCGUUUACAUCCCGUUUGGCGAAGGACCUCACAAUUGCAUCGGUCUUCGAUUAGGUCUCAUGCAAUCGAAGCUGGGGAUCGUUCAAAUUCUUAGGAAAUACGAGGUAACAACCAGCGAGAAGACAAGCAUUCCGAUGGUGUUCGAUACACGGGGAGUCGUCACGGCAGCUAAAGGAGGCCUAUACAUGAACAUCCGAAAGAUCACCCACUUCUUGUAGACCACAAGUGCAUCUACUCUGAAAUUAAUU